GAUAAAAAGAUUUUUGGUGUUAAUUGUGACACCAAUAACGCAAAAUUUGCGCAGAUGACAAGCACUGCCUCUAAAUACAGUAUAAUCUACAAAUGCACAUGCACAGAUACGUUACAAAGAGGAUACUCCAACAUGUAUUGCUACAUGCACUAUUGGGAAUGCCCAACUUAAAUGGGACAGCGAGAAAUGAGCCAUGAACAUUCGCUUCUAAUCAAAUUACUUAAAAAAAGGGAUACCUCAGAGUUUGAUAAGAAGAUACAGAAGUUGGAAAGCAGCCUCUCGGCUCUGCAAAAAAACUUGGGCAAAAAUACAGAGCUGGAGGAAAUCCGUCUCGCAGUAAAAGAUGCUGCCCAAACAUUGAAUGGUCUAAAUACAAGCGUAAACGGGAAGUUUAAUUUAUUUUCAACAAAAAAGUCAUGCACCUGGAUCAAAAGAUCAUCGUUCAAAUCGACCAAGAACCCUCCACCGAUCGAAGAACUAAAGGACUUUGAGGACGACAUGCUCAAGAUGAUACAGUCUGUAAAAUUCAAGCAGGUGACAAACACUAAUAGCAGCACCACCCUUAUAGGACCACCCGGAUUCAAUGGAACUAAUGGGGACAUUGGACCUGCCGGACCUAGCGGACCAGCCGGACCUCCUGGACUUCCAGGAUAUAAUGGUACUCAGGGCCCUGCAGGACCAUCUGGGUUACCUGGUGCUCAGGGUAUUCGUGGACCAUCUGGGUACAAUGGUACUCAUGGCCCACCUGGACUCGGGGCCAGUUCCUGUGUUUACAAGACUUCAGCCAGCUCUGGUAUGACGCCACACACGAUCACGAGACAACAGGUUCAAGAAACGGAACCAAUCAAUGGGAUGUUUAUUGGUGUAAACUGGGAUACAAAUGAUGCAAAAUUUAUUCAAUUAUCAAGCAUCGUCUCAAGUGGCAAAAGAGUCUACAAGUGCAAAUGCGAAGGUACCCUAACAAGUGGAGUACCAAAGAUGCAUUGCUACAUCCAUUACUGGGAGUGUCAGUCCUGAAGGGGAAAACUAAAGCCAUUCGUGUAUUGGGAGUCUUUGCAAAGAGGUUAAUAGAGUUGAACCAGAAACGAGAGGAAGUACAAUUUAGCUUUUAUAAUAUACUAUCAGCUUCCCUCCAUAUCAUUUUUUUUUUUGUCAUCGCUGCGUUAAUUUUCUUCAAAUGUGUCCAGUCGGGC